CCAACGCCCCCAUCCUGCUGCGAGGGCUGGGUGUCCCCCCAACGCCCCGGGGUGCCGAGGGAGGGCUGGCCACACGCAGGGGAGCACGAGGGAUCGGGGCCGCUCUCUCUGGCUGCCCGGUGCCCGUGCCCGUGCCCGGGGCACACAUCCGUGCCCUGGAGAGCGGGACGGACGUCGCUGGGGGGGACCGGUGUCGUGACGUGGGACGGCAGGAAGGCUGGGAACCGGCUGGGACUUGUGCAAGGUGCCUGUGGAGGAACUUGGCCGGUGGUGAGCCCCUUCCUUCCCCUUUGCCGGGGCAGAGACCAGCACCCAGCUGAGCCCGGCUGAGCCGAGCUGAGCCGUGGGGAGCGGGACGUGGGAAUGACCAUGGCUCCGGCAACGCGGGCGCUGCCUCUCGCCUGCCUGAUGCUGCUCCUGCUGCGCAGAGUCCCGGGUGCGGGUGCCCAGGUGACUCAGGGCUUUGAGCUGCAGCAGCCCCAGGACAAGGUGUCAAUGGAAGCUGGAGAGACGCUCACCCUGACCUGCACCAUAUCCCCUGGUGGUCCCCCUGGCCCCAUGAAGUGGCUGAAGGGCUGGGGCAGUGAGAACCAGACCAUCUAUGGCCAGACGGGCUCCUGCCCCCGCGUGACGAGGGCAGUGGAUGAGUCUGAAACAGACUUCAGCAUCCACAUCAGGGAUGUUCAACCCGAGGAUGCCGGCACCUAUUACUGUGUGAAGUUCCAGAAAUUAUUCCCGGAUGGUGAGGAGCUGUUUCGGCGUGGAAAAGGCACAGAGGUGUCUGUACUUGCCAAACCCACCCACCCGGUCGUGUCCGGGCCCGGCCGCAGAGUGGGGCCGGGGGAAUCGGUGCCUUUCACCUGCACGGCCGGAGGGUUCUUCCCUCAAGACAUCAGCGUGAAAUGGUUCAAGGAUCGGACCUCCAUCUCGGCUCAGCCAGCCCAGAUCACCCCCGGGCAGACAAAAGCCUCCUACAACAUGUCCAGCACGGUGACGAUGACGCUGCGGGAGGAAGAUGUCCGCUCACAGCUCAUCUGCGAGGUGCAGCACCUCACGCUGAGAGCCCCACUGAGGGGCACGUACCAGCUCAGCCAAGCCCUGCGAGUUUCUCCCAUUGUCCAUGUGGAUGCUGACCCACCGAGCCCCGUUGGGGUGAACAAGACCGUGAAAUUCAUCUGCCACGUGAAGGGGUUUUACCCAGGAAAUGUCGUUGUCACCUGGCUGGAGAACGGGAUGGAGAUGAGCGUGGAGAACACCCCCCGACCGGUGGAGAUGUCCCAGGGCUUGUUCCAGCUGAGUAGCGUGGUGGAGGUCAAAGCGAUGGAGGAGAAGAACGGGUCCACAUUCACCUGCCGUGUGGUGCAUGAUGCCCAGGUCCCUGUGGAAAGGGUGACCACCCUGUGGAUCGCUGCUCCGGACAGGGAGGGAGUGAAUAAGUGGGCCCUGACAGUUAACAGUGUGAGCCUCCUGUCCAGCCCCGGCUUGUGGUUUGGCAUCCUGCUGGAGAAGGGUCUCCUCGGUGGUCUCCUCAUCUUCCUCUUCAAGCGUGCGAGGGCGUGAGGAGGGAAACACCGGGGCAGCCGCCGUGCCCUGCUCGCUGUUGGUUCCCGGUUCCUUGGGGUAUGGUGCUGGGAGCAGGUCUGGGUGCUUGGCCGCCACCAGCUUUGUCCUGUGUACCUGGAAAUAAAGGGGCUGAGAUGCACA